AUGUAUGUAUAUUUCUUUUUGCUUUCCAGAUUAAGACAUCAAGCUCACAAAGAACUUUACGCCUACAAACAGGUGAUCCUAAAGGAAAAAGUCAAAGAACUCAAUUUGCACGAGAUCUGUGCGGUUUGUUUAGAAGAAUUCAGACCCAAAGAUGAACUGGGAAUUUGUCCGUGCAAACACGCGUUCCACAGAAAAUGCCUUAUUAAGUGGUUGGAGGUCCGAAAAGUUUGUCCUCUCUGCAACAUGGCCGUCCUGCAGUUGGCCCAGCUCCACAGCAAGCCGGAUCACCCCGGACCGCCCCAGGAACCCCUGCCUGGCACAGCCAACAUUGUAUAGCUACCCGACGGCUGCCCCUUCGUCCGCCCUCACAGACUCCAAUUCCCGCAGAGACUCCUCGCCAAUGGCUGGGCCCGCUGCUCACGGCCUCCAAGCGUUUUCUCGGGCACCCUUUAUCUCAUGAAAAAAAACAAAAAAAAAAACAACGCCCGGGACUCACCGAAGGGGGAACCGAUUUCCCUCCAACUAGGGUGGAAGGGAAAUAAACCCGACCGGAUGGGAGCUGCAAGGACGCAGGAACGCUGGCGAGUCUCCGGUUUUGUUUUGUCUCUUCGAUUUUAUUUUAUUAUUUUUUUCUUUUUCUACGUGCACUUUACCAAGAGUCUUGGAUUCAAAUUCAGGCGGCCAGCAAGAAAGAGAAAAAGAGAGAGAGAGGAAGAGAGAGAGAAAGGAAGACGCCGUGGGGAGCAAGCGAGAGUCCAUCUCCAGUGAGAGAGAGAAAAGCCGCAACGUGAGAAAAUUUGCGUUUGGAUUCCAGCAUCUUUUCGCAAACGACUUCAAGGGGUCCCGGAGCCGAAAUCCAGCAAGAGAAUCCUUGUUGGAGGAAGAGCCAGGAGGACGAUAAGAUUUCGAACAACUUCAGUGCGAUUUCCUGCGACGUCUGGAUCGGGAAAGGAAAUUCCCUCCAGAGGAAACACCGCUCCGUUCAAAAAACGAGGACGGGGGUUCUCCUGGAAUUGUGACUUUGGGAGAAGGGGGGGCGGGCGUGGCCAAUCUACCCGAAGCCUCGGGGAAUACCCUGGUGAAAAGGGAAAGCGGGAAGAAGGUUCUCGCGACGUCGGCUACUUUAGGAGACACCAAGGAGGCGCCGAUGAGGUCCCUUUUCCAGCCCGGAUAAAUUCCUUGGGACUUUUGUAGGGACGAUGGGACAGGCCGCGCGACCUCCGCUUCCCAUUCCCCUAAUGUGAAUCCUUUCCCGGAUGGUUUGCCGGCACAGAAAAGACGCCUGCGGAAUUUGCGUGGAUUUGGUUUUCUUUUUCUUUUUCCCCCCCAAUGUAAAAGUGAGGUGCAUUUUCGGGCCCCGGAUGGAGUGUUUAAAAAACGGGUUUUGCGAGAGUUACGAGCAGAUUUGGGUGGCGCAGUUCCUCCGAGUAGAGAGCAACGGUUGUAAA